AUGCCUGUCCAAGCCAUGAGCAGCCAGUUUCUCCAGGAGAAUGCUGUGGGAAACGGUGUCAAAGGCUUUGCUAAAGUCCAGCUAGAUAACAUCCACAGCCUUUCCCUCAUCCAUGAGGCGGGUCACCUGGCCAUAGAAGGAGAUCAGGUGGCCGAGUUGCAGGAAACAGUUAGAAGGCUGUGUAGUAUUAGUAGAGCCAAGGCAGAGAUAGAUAGGUGGCUUCAGAACCACGUUCCUGUAGCAGACACCACUGAGAACGAGGCACCUUGGACGCUGGUGACUCGCAAAAGCAGGGCUCCGCUUCAGCCCCUACCCUCCAGCAUCACUACCAGCAACAAAUUUGAAGCUUUAGCGGCUGCGGACACUCACAAGCAAGGUCUGCCACCUGCUCAAGAAGAGGUAGUUGAUGAAGCCUUCUACAGACAGCUGGAAGUAACCUCGCAGUCGCAGGCCCUGGUCCUCGUGGGGGACUUCAACCGCCCUGAUAUUUGCUGGAAAAGCAACACGGCGCGCCAAGCACGAUCCAGAAGGUUCCUGCAGAGCAUCGAGGGCAACUUUUUGAUGCAAGUGGUGGAGGAGCCAACGAGGCGAGAUGAGCUGCUGGACCUUAUACUAAUGAACAAGGAAGGAGAUGUGACGAGGAAGGCCAAGGCCCACUUGGAGUGAAAUUUGGCAACGCAUGUCAAAGAUAACAAGAAGGGCUUCUUCAAAUACAUCAGCAGCAAAAGGAAGACUGAGGAUACAGUGGGCCCACUGCUGAACAAGGAAGGGGCCCUGGUGAUGCAGGAUGCAGAGAAGGCGGAGUUACUGAAUGCCUUCUUUGCUUCAGUCUUUACUGCUAAGGCUGGCCCUCAGGCAUCUCAGAGGACUGAUUUCCUCUUGGUUGAGGAGGAUUGGGUCAGAGAUCACCUAGGUAAGCUGGAUCCUCACAAAUCCACGGGCCCCGAUGGGAUGCACCCGCGAGUGCUGAGGGAGCUGGCGAAUGUUCUUGCCGAGCCACUCUCCAUCAUCUUUGAAAGGUCGUGGAGGACAGGAGAGGUGCCCGAGGACUGGACGACAGCAAAUGUCACUCCAAUCUUCAAAAAGGGCAAGAAGGAGGACCUGGGAAACAAUAGGCCAGUCAGCCUCACCUCCAUCCCCGGAAAGGUGAUGGAGCAGUUCAUCCUGGAGGUCAUCUCCAGGCAUGUAGAGGAAAAGAAGGUUAUCAGAAGUAGUCAACAUGGAUUCACCAGGGGAAGAUCACGCUUGACCAACCUGAUAGCUUUCUGUGAUGGCAUGACUGGUUGGGUCAGCGAAGGGAGAACAGUGGAUGUUGUCUGUCUCGACUUCAGCAAGGCAUUCGACACUGUCUCCCAUAGCAUCCUCAUAGACAAGUUAAGGAAGUGUGGGUUGGAUGAGCGGACAGUGAGAUGGAUAGAGAACUGGCUCAACAACAGAACUCACAGGGUCCUGAUCAAUGGGGCAGAGUCUGGAUGGAGGCCCGUAACUAGUGGUGUUCCCCAGGGGUCUGUGCUGGGUCCAGUCCUGUUCAACAUAGUCAUCAGUGACCUGGAUGAUGGGAUAGAGUGUAACCUCGGCAAGUUCGCUGAUGAUACCAAGCUGGGAGGAGUGGCUGAUACACCAGAAGGCUGUGCUGCCAUCCAGCGAGACCUGGACAGGCUGGAGAGCUGGGCCGAGGGGAACCUGAUGAAAUUCAACAAGAGCAAGUGUAGGGUCCUGCACCUGGGAAGGAACAACCCCAUGCACCGGUACAGGAUGGGGGCUGACCUACUGGAAAGCAGCUCUGCUGAGAAGGACCUGGGAGUCAAGCUGACCCACAGCCAGCAAUGUGCCCUUGUGGCCAAGGCGGCCAACAGUAUCCUGGGCUGCAUUAAAAGGAGUGUGGUCAGCAGGUCGAGAGGGGUUAUCCUCUCCCUCUACUCUGCCCUACCAGGCCAGUCGUCUUCCCCAACAGUUCGUCUUGCGGCACUUGGGGACAACCUGCUCCUGCGCCUGCAAGGCUCCCUUCCUGAAGAGUGCCCAGCCUUCCUGGACUCCUUUGCUUUGCAGGACUUCUUCCUAACGGACUCUCCCAACCAGUGCCCUGAACAGGCCAAAGUCUGCCCUCCGGAAGUACAUGGCAGUACCCCCCCACCCCUCACCCUGCCGGCCUGUGAGGUGAUCCAGAGAGCCUCUCCUAUUGACUCAUCUUAG